AUGGCCAUCCUCUCUUACAGUCAUCGACAUCUACCCGCUGAGGCAUCCACCCCAUCUCCAUACCCUCUCACAGUCAUUGGCAUCCAUUCGACUUGUUUGGAUAUAGGCGCCAAUUCGAGAUUCAUGAGUACAACAUCUCAAUGGGUACACUUUGACAAGGGCACACCAGCACUUGCCAAUGAGAUCAAGAAGGCACUUGAAGGGAACGAUGUUCUUGCUAAAAUUGAUGCCAUGAAAAACGCAAUUAUGCUUUUGCUGAAUGGUGGAACUCUAUCUCAGCUCUUCGUCACCAGGCUUCUGGAUACUUUUUAUCAGAUUCGAGCAGCUAGAGUUUGUUCCCGUGCUCUUUGGAUCAUAGGAGAGUAUUGCCUAUCUCUAUUAGAAGUUGAGAGUGGCAUUGCAACCAUAAAGCAAUGCCUUGGAGACCUACCCUUAUUUCGAUUUCAGAAGAAGCGAAGGUCACUGGCUCUACAAAGAAAUCCCACCAGGCAAACUCCAUUACUGUUUCAUCUAAAAGGCCAACUAUCCUUGCUGAUUGGGACGUAUGCAACUCAAAGUGCUGCCUCUGAAACCACUUUCUCCCCUUAA